GAACGCGGUACAGUUUGAACAAGCUUCGCGGCGACAAAAAGGAAGUAAAACCGGUGGCGGUGACUGCGGGCGAUUCCUCUAUAAAUUAUGAUAUCACUACAGUGUGGAAUGCUAGUACCGGCUGCGGCGAAAAAUUCAGUCGCUGUCACAGAAAAACUCAACUACACAAGUAUACCACGCGUGAGCCCGCAAGCGGCGCGAAUUGAUAGUAAACCGGUAAUACAUAACUGCAUGUUUCCAGCUGCAUAAUUCCCCCCUUCUUUGUCGCGUAGGCUUCCCUACUGUAUAACUGUAUGUGGGUGCGUUGCGUUCGGUUAUCUAUACCAGUCAUAUACUAAUAUCUAAUAUCAUGGCCCGCUUAUAUCUGGGACUGCUGUGCGUCGUUACGCUGCUCCUGCUGAUGAUCGGCGAGGACGCGGCGCUGGAGAAACUCCCCGGCCGACCACAGGGCCAAGUGCUGAAGAGCAUGAAGCACACGGUGAUGAUGGAGUACAAGACGGAGAAGGAUCGCGGCGCCAAACUGCAGCUGCUUCUUACCCGCUGGAAAUCCAUUCUCGCGCAGAAGUUUGCGCGCACGGCGACCAGCAUUAAAUUUGUCAAAGAGGAAAUGAGGGGGAAGCAGCACAUUGUCAACUACGAAGUGACCUUUACGAAGAAGAGCGCCGGUGCCGCGCACAUCCAGCGGAAGAAGGCCGUGGAGGAAAUGAAUAAUUCCCUGGAUAGCCAGCCCAUCGCCGGCGUCACCGUCUACCCGGAACCGGAAACCCGCGGCCUCCUCGCGCCCGACAUGCUCGAUUAACCCGAGCAGAGGAUGGCUAUUACAGCCCUCCCGGAGUUAGUUCGUGACGCCCGGAUUAAUACCGCAGACCAGACGGACGCAUGUUCUAAUCCUAAUUGCCCAAAUCAGAGCGCCGAGUUAUUACGUACCAUAUAACGUCAGUCAGGCAGCAGUGUUUGAACUGUUUUUGACGACGUGUAUCAUUGAGAAAAGGUCACAGCACUGGGAUUGGCAUUAAAUCAUGCAUUAGCGCAAGCAGCAAUACUGCAGUACUAAAAAA